GCCGCGGGCGCGGCCAUGGCGGACCCGGCCCGGGACGCGCUCGGUGCCGCCGCCGCGCCGGAGCCGCCGCCCGCGGGAUCCUCCUCGCCCGCCGGCGGCGAUGGGGCGGUGGCCGCGGGGGAAGCGGCGGCCGCAGAGGGAGCGGGAGAAGGCGAGGUGGGGGAGGCUGGCGGUGGCAGCGAGCUCAAGGCGGAGGUGGCGGUCGGGGAGGUGAGGAGCGCGGACGGGGAGGCGGCGGACGCGGAGGAGCCGGGGCUGCAGGCAUGUGCGGCCAGGAAAGUGAAGCUGGAGCUGAAGGAGCGGAAGGAGAAGAAGCAGAAGGUGGACGAGGACGAAAUUCAGAAGAUGCAGAUCCUGGUGUCCUCCUUCUCCGAGGAGCAGCUGAACCGCUACGAGAUGUAUCGCCGCUCUGCCUUCCCCAAGGCCGCCAUCAAACGGCUCAUCCAGUCCAUCACCGGCACCUCGGUGUCCCAGAACGUCGUCAUUGCCAUGUCGGGCAUCUCCAAGGUGUUUGUUGGGGAGGUGGUGGAGGAAGGACCUUCCCACGUGGACUCUUCCACAAGGCCCCUCUGGGGUGGCCUGUGGGGCCUCAAGGAUGUUCCUGCUGUCCCUGCCCACCCUGGGCAGAGCUGGAUGCACCCUCAGCCUGGACUUUGGGGUCUCAGCACAGCAGGAAGAGAAACAUCCAGGGGCUGCAGAGCAGUUCCUGCUAACCCAGAUGUGCCAUCUCUGUCCAGAUGUGCCAUCUGGGCCAGGAUGUGUGGCUUUUUUUUUUUGUACAUUAAACUUAUUCUUCUGUUCAUAACAUGACUGGGAUCUGCUCUUUGUGUGACCCAAGGUGCUCCCAGAGCUGCUCCCAGCCUGGGGCAGGGCUGUGCUGGGAGCUGGUACAUGUGAAGUCAGGGUUCAGCUCUGCUUCCAAAUCCAGGAGCUGCCCAAAAACCAGCAGUGUUGGGAUGGAGGGGGAAAAGCAGGAAAAGAGACCCAAGCCUGGAAGGAGGUUAAUGAGUUUAAUUCUGCUCCUGGUUCAUAGAACCAAUAAAUGCAUCAGUGGAAACAAACUGCAGCAAAGUUGCAAUACUGCCUAAAAUUCAAAUUUCAAUUCAAGUUCAGACUUGCACAUUUCUCCCCCCUCCCUUUCCAGGGGCCCUGGGAGCUGCUCCUGAGCCUGUGAGAGGUGCUGGCACAGGUGCUCUCCCAUGGCACCUGUGCCAGGCAGGACUCCCUGGGCUCUCACUGGAACAGAGGAAGAAUCCUUAAAUAAGAGGCUCCACAAAGUAAACUUUGAUAUUUACAAUCUGUGGGGACCCAGGAGGUUUUGUCCUCCCACAUGUGUGGGUUUUGGGUUCUUUUUACUGGGUCUUCAAAGCAAAGGAAAUGCUUGAAUUCUUCAACAAAACCCACUGACUGAAGUAGCUGGAGCAAGGAAUUUGCUGUAAACAACCUGGUCCCAGCUGUGCUCAGCCUGCACACGUGGGAGGAGCUGUGGGACCCUGCAGGCUGGGCAAACCCUUGGCAUACCCUUCCUAUACUCACACAAAAUGUCAUGAAAAUUUGAAAAAGCAGAAGAGAGAAACCUCCCAUUUUCAAGCAAUUAAUGAAGAAAAAAGCAGGAAUACCGUGGCUUUCCACCUCAGGCAAGCAGUUCUCAGAGCUCCUGCUCCCCACAGGGAGAGGGAGCAGCACAAAGGUUUGGUGAAACAAAAUCCAGCAUCUGCUCGUGGGCAGUUCCCAGCAGUGCUCACAGGGAGCUGCUCCACAUGGGUGUGUUCCAGUGAUUUCCUUUUGGGAUCAGGGCUGGCAGGUGGUUCUGGGGUCCCAUCCCAGGCAGCCCCUCAGCCCUGCUGAAAGAUUCCACCCAGUGCUGAAAACCCCACAGCUCCUUCCUCAGCUCCUCCUCCCCACUGGGGAACUCGGGCACACAAAGCUCUGAGGACAAGGUGCAUCCCAAAAACACCCAGGUCAUCACUUGAGACUGAACCAACCUCCCUCACCCCCUUCUUUGAUUGUAAAAGUUUAAACAGUGCCUUGUAAGGAAUUAAUUCCUGCACCAAUAAAGCCAAACACUGUGGGAUUAAGUGGGAAUGACCUGGAUAAAGUCUCAUACACUGCAUCCAUCUCUACACAAGGAAUUACUGGUGGGAAAGGGAAUCUGAAGGAAUUUCUGUGCUAUCCUGACCCUGUUCUUGUGGGAAUAGUGAGCUGUGUGCCCUCACUCCACAGUGGGAAUCCCAUCCCUG